AUGAGAAGAGCCCAGGAGGCAGACGAGGCAGUGACGGAGACGGAGAAGGAGACAGAAAGAGAAGAGAGACUCAGACAGGGCCGAGACUAUCGAAUGACGGGAAAGGAGGAAGAGAUUGCGAAUCUUGGAAGCAGCGACAUGGAAAAUGCGAUAAAUGCAGAUUUGGGUCAAGUUCAUCUCACUUGCAAGUCGCUUUGCUGGAAAACCAGGUGGAAAGAUACAUGGAUUACCGAUAUACACUUUCCCCCAGGAAAGAGGAAGGUGCGAUCUACAAAGUACAGAGUUAUUGAGAAGAUAAUACCUUCCAUGCUUCAUUCACGGGCCAUGGCAAUUUCCAUCAUCACCUCACUUUUCCGCAUUGAGGGCCAAGCCUCCAGGUUCGACGUGUGUCGGCAAGGCAAGGUACCUCGUGCACGGAGCAAGGUACAAGAAUGCGUACCUUACAGACCCCAGGCAAGGUACCUUAUCUGGUACUUUACAGGCUUCCUAGUUAGCCGCGAUGGUUUGACAGAUGGGGCCGGCGGUGUUGCGUUCUUGCCUCCGCCUGUCACGAUUCUGCCCAUCGUCGUUUAUGUACUGUCGUCAGCCUGGCCCCUUCUCUCCUUCCGUCCUGACAUUCCGUCGACCGGGACUGUAAGUGACGGCAAGAACGGCAAGAACUCGCUACCUUGGGUGCUCGCUCCUACCUUGCUGUACCCUGCCCUGCAUGUUUGCAUCUGCGGAACGGAAGAUGGGAACGAACAAGAAAGGAAGAUUCGAAUGUGUAGAUACUUCGUCCUCCGUAUAGAAAGCUUUGGAGGAAGUCAACGAAAUGGAAGUGCCAUGUCGAUGUCCGAAGCCCAGAUGACCACGGCAAUCUUCGUCAUCGUUCUCGUCCCGCAUCGGAAUAGAUUGCUAUUGCCAAUAGUCGACCCCCUCCCCGAUGCUGGAGGAUGGACCCCGGAAUGCCCAAGCACGCCAACAACAACCUACGAAUACGCAGGUACCUUGCCAUACCUUACAAACACUUUCUGGCCAAAGGUAAAGCAUCUUGCAUCCGUCUCUACACUACUACAAUGCCUGGCUGACUUCUGCAUGCAUCGCAUGGCUUGCAUCUCGCGGUACAUCGUCCUCGCCCACGUUCAUGGGCUCAUUGAACGUACCGAUCCUUACCACGCCCUUUUUUCCGCUUCAGCUCUUCAUCCACUUUCCGAACCGCGAUCCCCCACGAACAUGACACCGCUUUGUGGCCUCGCCUUCGCGUCGCCCUUUUUACCGCAUACUUUUCUGACUCUCUUACACGUGUCUGGGAUUAUCCUCUUCGCCCAGUCUUGGACGCUCGAACCCGCCGCAAAACCUUCUUUCACAUUCUCGAGUCCGGACCGUCGGUAUACACCAGAUGACAGCCGGCGCUGUGCCUGUAUGCAAGUUGUUGUUGCAAGCCAGGGCCAGCCGUGGCCGAUUCCUGGACCUGCUGGAGGGGCCUCUCCCCGGACUCGAGCCGAAAAAGUCUGCUGCGCUUCAGAGAAGGGGCAUCAUACGAUCAACCUCGUUCCUAUGGCAGCGGUGCCCCUGCAUCGCCUAGGGAGCCUCCAAGGGCCCUGUAUCGCCUCAGCCCAAAGCUUGAUGAACCUUCGUCCGCUUGGCGGUUUGGGUAUCCGGUCGGCGGAAGCCGUCUUUUUCCAGGACAUUCUCUUCUGUCUACCUACACUAUCCGUAGUCCGAGAGCCGCUUCUUCGUCUUUGUCCAAAGUCUCGCAACGAAUCUAAAGCUAUCAACCCGUACCCUGGAGCCGAGACUAGCAAUCGCUUCCCUCCACCGGGUCCCCCCACUUGUCUCGAGGCCUUACUGCCGCUUGGCUUUUGGGGAUUUUUGGAGAAGCCCGUUGAGUCGCGGGUGUUUGCAGGCAACCGGGUAGGGAUCCCCGAGGUUGUCACAACUCACACUAAACUUGUUUCUUGUUCAAGGGACCCGGUCAGCGUUUUCCUUUCGGGGACCCUUCACGAAACCAGCCCUGUCCAAAUUACAACACCUGUCCUCCAGCUGAAGGUUAAAGCUGCAAACUCCCUCCACAAGACGUUUGAUUUACCUUACGCCACCUCGCGCAUUUCGGCUCGACUGACCAGAAACACAAGAUCGUGUCCAAGCCUCGCAUCAGCUGAGAAAGACGAGCACGAUGUCGAUACGACAGCGAGCCAGCCAAGGAAAUUACCGGCUUCAGCUGACCUCCUGGAUAACUGCCGAGAGGAACUUUUUUCACAGCAAUCACGAAGCAGAUUCGUCCCUACCUUCUUGGAGAGCUCGCCCGAUGCAGUGCAGCCUCCAAGUGAGUCGACGGGGGUUGACCCAGAAGUUAUUUCGAUGUCUUCAUGCGCCGCCCUGUGGCUCAUUCCACAUCUGCUCGCGUGCGGCGUCGACCCUCUCAGAUCGCCAAUUAAGGCCCCCAAAACAGCCACAUCUCCACGACCAAAAAUAUCCGCUCCUUGCCACACUUUGCUUUUCUCGAACCCUUGUUCGUCCAACGAGGAUGCCAGGACGAGCCACCAUUCCCGACGGCCUGGGCCAAGAGACGCCCAGUACGGAAUGAAUCGCCAUUGUCAGCCGCACCUAAAGCCCAUCCCGACUCCAUCUCCAAGGAUGCCGCAGGGCGAUGACGUUUCGUUCCGUGCUCGCAAUCUUAGGACACAGACAAAAACGCCCGAGAGGGACGGAAACGCGUUCGCUCUCCAUGGCAAUAUCUCAACCACGCUUUGCAAUAUCUACAGGGCAACUAGCCGCUCCAAAUCGAUCCAACUGCCCGUCCAGGGCAACAAACAGGGGGUGCGUUUUCCUCUCUCUUUCUCCCUUCCCGUUCUUAAUUCUUGCCCUGGCGCAUUAAUGCAUGAAAUCUCCAAUUUGCGCGGACCAUCUACCCCGCUGAAUCAGCGAUUAGAAUGCCCACCAUCUUCAACGGCCUUCCCGCCGCCUUACCAUUUGCAGCCCACGUCGUCCGAAGAACAAGCAUCGACGUCGCGCGAAAAAGCCAACGCGGGCGGCAGGAAGUGGACGACAUUGCCUCCACAGCUCCUCCAAGGUGACAGCUUUGUCGUCACAAUUUGCAGCUCAACUCCCUUCUUGGACCCUGGGCCCGCGUUCACAAGCAGCCAUGGUGUGCCUGCGUACCUGUUUUCUGAGAUGAUCCUUUUCCUUCUCGGCAUCCUCCGCCUGUACCUGCAUGCAGGCCCCCUGCCGGCCUUGCUGCAUCUCCUAGAUGAGUUUACUGCAUGGAAGCCUUGGAAGAAGUCCACGGAAAUUUCUAUUCAUGGUAACCACAGCACUUCGUACACUACCGCCGCUGAAACUAUUCCCAUCUUGGAGACGCGCAUGAACGGCUUGUUAUGGGAGGCGCAGCCGCUCUACAGUAAGGAACGAUAA